AUGGCCUUCUUUCGCCCACCAAGGCCACCGGUGGCAUUCGGCUACCCACUUGUUGGCCUCGCUUCGCCGGGCUACCCUGUCGAAGGACAAGACGUCGUCAGGACUCGUAGGUUUCGACUCGACCGGCCGCGACAUGCGGGGGUGGCUGCUGCUGAGGCGCAGAACCAGGAACGGGCAGCGGCCUUGGGCACAACCGCUGAUGGACAGAAAGAAUCGGGCACGGCGUCCGGUGUCUCGCUAACUGUGGGCGCCGAGUCGUCGUUCAGCGCCAGGAACGGUGGCCGCUCGGAUGGCGCCGCGUCAGAGUGCAGCAGCCUGGCGCCUUAUUGGAUACCGGAAGAGAUCAAGCACUACUUCCGCCACCGGCACUCCGAGGACGACGACAGCAGCCGCAAGGUAGACGCGGCGCUGCGCGCGAUCGGCCGCGAGAAGGAGCUACCGGCGAUCGACGACCGGGACUGGUUUCGCAAGUGCUGUCGGAAGCGCCAGCACAAGAUCGUCGCGGUCAUGGCUGUGGUAACUGUCACCCUGGUCCUGCUGCUGCUCGCGGCGCUUGUGACCAAAGACCACGUCGCCCUGCUGGGAUCUGAACAGGGGAAGUCUGCCGCGGAGGCCGACGACCUGGUGGGUGUCCACAUUGCCAACGAGAACACAGGCGACACGCCGAAGCCGGUCUCGAGCGAGGAACACUUGCGAGAGGCAGACGUCGCGGAAGCGGGGGAUUCCGCAGACUCCGAGCCUCAAGAAGUAGAGGAGCCGGAGGAUACUGCAGGUGGAGGAGAUGAGACGAUGACGAAUCAUCGUGCCGAGAAGUUGCACAGCGCCUCUGUCGGCAGGUUCGGUACAGACGACUUCGCGCCCUCGCGCAUAUGGACGAAGGCGGUUUGUGGACAACCAGCCUUCAGAUUCUGCUCGGGGGGACCAGUAGAAUUCUACUACAAUGGCAGCGGACAAUCGUGCAUGAGGCUGUCGCCCCGUGGACCGGGCCUCUGCAAUAGAGGUCGCAAUCGGUUCACGUCCAUGGAAAGCUGCCGACGACACUGCGUGGACAGGAAAGCGCCUGCACCAGAGUGCUACAACAAAGCCGUUCUUGCAGAGUGCCAGGCGCGAGACGUCACCGAAACCUGGUGGUGGUACGUCGACGGCAAGGGGUGCCGGCGCUGGCGCUUUCCCGAAGGCCGCUGCCCGUCGCUGGACGCCGACGUGUUCCGAACGUCUCUGGAGUGCGUCCGCCGAUGCACGAAGCGAGGUGCGCCCCCCUGCCGCGUGCCGAGAGCGGUCACGUGCGAAGUCAAGCAGCUGCGCUACGGCUACAUCGCGGAUGCGCCGGCGCACGGCGCAAGAACCAGGCGCUGCCGCGAACUGCCCUCCGCUGGUGGCGGAGGCGCACGGCAACAUUGCCUCGCAGGCGCCAACAGGUUUCCGACCAUGGAGGCCUGCUUGAGGAGCUGCGUGCGUGCUCGUCCCUAGCGUGAGCACCUACGGGUGCGAGGUGGCGGCGGUGUAGGAGGGGGCUCGAGCAAUACAGACUUUUCACCCUCGACGUCGGUUUCGUUCCUGUCACUUAGUGAUUAGUUCAUAUACCCAAAUAGUGCGCCUGCUGUCAGCAGGGUUACGAGUUACGCUAACUAUGAGACAAUAACACCAGCACCAACGUUGACGCCGGGCCUUAUGCAAGAGUGGGGCUCAAGAAUACUCAUCAGGAAAAGCGUCAAUGUAUGAUACAACACAUCGUAGGCUGAGUGUAUGCUAUGUGCCUAUUUAGAUGCUAUCAUAUCUUCCUAAUUCUAAUUUGGGGCCGUUGAAGUAUUCGAAAUAAAUGCGCGAAUAAAUUACCACUGACGCUCCUGAUAAGGCAAAUUCAAAGGCAAGCUGCAUAAUAAAUUAAACUGCGAAUAAAUGUCGACCCAAUAUUG